UGCCAGCUCAACAUGUGUCGGGGUUUAUCUGGACUCCCAACCAGCUGCUUGGAAAGAGCCAAGGAGUUCAAAACCCGUUUAGGGAUCCUACUUCAUAAACCAGAGCUGGGACAUAAGAUUGGGAACUGGAGCCAUAGCACAAAACAGAGAUAUGCCUUGGAAGAAGUGCUUGGAUGGAAGGAAUCUUUUGACCAUUUAUUGAAAAGUAAAAAUGGAAUGGCAGCAUUCCAAGGCUUCCUUAAAACAGAAUUCAGCGAAGAAAACCUGGAGUUUUGGCUAGCCUGUGAGGAGUACAGGAAAACCCGCUCAAAAACAAAACUGGUUUCCAGAGCCAACAGGAUCUUUGAGGAGUUUGUACAAAACGAGGCCCCUCGAGAGGUGAAUCUUGACCACGAAACUAGAGAGAUGACCAGGAAGAACCUCACGGGUGUCACUCCCACUUGCUUUGAGGAAGCCCAAGCCAAAACCUACACCUUGAUGGAGAAGGACUCCUAUCCCCGAUUUUUAAAAUCCGCCUAUUACCGAGACCUGGUAGGACAAGCAGCAAGCCACAGAACUGGCAAGCCCACCCACACCUGAGUCAGCCCAUUGUCACUGCAAGGAACUGUGUUGAGGGAACAGAGACCUAGAAUGAAAAAGAAGAGGCAGGAGCCUAAGAGGGAGGUGCUAAGAGCUUUUGAGCAGCGGAGUUUUGGCUGGGGCUUUAUCCUUGCCAGAAUGCCUAAGAACUCAAA